UAGCCCCAGUAAUUCGAUUAAAGUGGGAUAAUGGGCACCUUUAUGAUGCGAAGAGCCUGGCCCUACAUCAAACUGCAUAUUGCACUCACAUUUGGCCUCUUGAAAGAAUUUUUAAAACGGCUUGUGCAGUCUUGGUAUCUUCCAGUUUAUUGCAUAAAAUCCCCAUUAACAUUCACUGCCCCCUCUCUCCAUUCUCCCCACUCUCCUCCCCCUGAAAAUGUCCAUUUGGUACAGGCCACAAAGCCAUAACCCAGCGCCUCUGUCCUCAGCUGCUAAAUACAGUGCAGGUUCAGUAGAGAGGGAGUGGGUGAGCUUUGGCUCAGUCUGUGUCUGUGUGCCUGUGGAAGUAAGAGUAAAAGGAGAGUUAACUAUUUCCAGCCUCCGUCCAAGACUUUCACAUGUCUUCAGCUCAGGGCACAAGGAUGAAUGACACAAGGAUGAAUGGCAAGUGAAGGAUUAAUGGAGCCCCCCCUCCCCCAACAAGCACACAGAAGCAUAUGCAAACGGAUAACAAGUGCAGGUCACUCCUCGUUUUGCUCACACCUCCAGUGCACUGACCAGGACACAGUCAUGUCUUCAUCAGGGUCCACUGGUCACAACAAGCAUCUGUCGUCGAAGACGGAGCACGCGCCGACCCUGGCGGCCCCACAGCAGGCGAAGUGGCGCGAGAGGCAGCGCUUCCUAGAAGACGCCUUCCAGCAUGAUGCGGACGUCCACCUGCCUGCCGCAUGGCUGCAGAUCGAGCACAAGAGGCCAGCUCCUGCCGGAAGUAUCUCCUCGAUGGAGGUGAACAUAGACAUGUUGGAGCAGAUGGACCUCAUGGACGUCACUGACCAGGAAGCCCUGGAUGUCUUCUUCAACUCUGUGGGGGAAGAAGGGCUCCCUUCCCCUCCAUCGUCAGGUAUUUAUUGUCAAGACGAGGAUGAUGAUGAGGAAGAUGCCAGUGACGAGGUGUACAAGGACGAUAUACUACUGAAGGUCCCCCAGUCUCGGCGCAUUUCAUCGACCUCCUCCGGGUCCUCCGACCCCUACAGCCUGGACACCACCGAGGAAGGGGCGGAGACUCCCAUCGUUCAAUCGGACAACGAGGAAGGGCAAGGGGACACCCUAACACAGGAAGGUGCUCCUCCAUUCAAGGAUGCAGCAGAGAAGGACAAAGCUUCCCUCCUGUCAUAGCUGUGCAGUGACAAGCUUUGGGGAAGAAAUGACUCAUUCUUGCUUGGGACCAUCACAGAUCUACCCCUCCCCAGGGUGACCACAGCAGAACCCAUAAAGACCCAUUACACUACAUAAACAAAGUCAUGAGAAAAACAAAGCAUUCCCUGCUCCAAUUAUAUGUUUUUAUUUAUUAGGGCCUUAAUAACAGCUGUGUAGUUCCAGUCAACUUCUAUAUACAAACAAAUAGAACCUCGAGUGACAAAGGAAAAAAAAUACACAAAAUUUGAAUAUGUGGUCAGUUUUUCCCUCCAAAACGUUCAGCAUGAUUUAGAAACCACGCAGGAGAAAAUAAGUACACCUUCCUACUUCCACAACACUUAAGAGAACAUUUUGCAGCCAGGUGUUACUGAUGAAAUUAACUACCAGAGUAGUUAAUAAUUAGGAUAAUUACUAGUUAGCCUAACUGACAUCCCCAAAGUGUGUGAACUCUUUAACAUGCCGACUGGAUGGAUGCCUAGAAAUAUUGUAAGACUCGUUUUCUGACACACACUGACAACAUACAAGGAAACCGAUUUGCAUGAUUUGUGUUCUAUAUAACAAGCUAUAGGAGUAGCGACAACGAAAAGGACACCAUCUUCGUGAUCUCAUCUCUGAAAGCACGUAAAGUGUAACAAUCCAUAAGUUAAACUUAGGAUUUCAGUCUUUAAUGAUAUAUUAUGUAGAAAUGUUGAUAAACCUGUUAUUCUCUAUAGAAUUAAAAAAUAAUAAUAGUUCAUUAAAGUCACGAGACAGUUAUUACAGCAAUGAAGAUAAACAAAACAUGAAUAAGGAGCUACUGAAUAUAUUCAGGUUUAUAUUAUAAUUUAAAUGCUUUACUAAACAGAUAACAUGCUUUAAUAUUUUAAUGUUGCGGUCAGCAGCAUAUCGUAGACCUAGAAACCCUCCAUGUCUGUGACUUUUUCAUAAAAUUAGGUGGAGGUCAUACAAAGCAUUCUCUGCGUAAUGUGUAAUGUUCUCAUUGAGGGUUUCAUUUGUGCCACUCUUUCCUGGCUUGCUUAUAAUCCUGCCUGGAUAUCACUGAGCUAUUCCAGCAUGAAGGCUAACCCGGGACCAGAGACCCCGGUCACUGAUUACGUGUAUGUGCAUUUGUACAGAUGAGUGUCAAAACCAGAAAGAAUUAGUCCCUCCCAGCAGGGUCUUUCAAACAGGGGAAAUGCCAUCUUUAUUUCACCUGGUUACAAACAAGUUAACAGUUCUUAUCUGUCUUGUUAAUUUCAGUAGAUGAGUAAUAAUAAAAAAGAGUCUUUAUGAACGUACACUACCAGUGAAAAGUUUGUACACACCACAGGUUUUUACCACUUUCCCAUUUAUUUCAUAAACUGCAGAUUUAUUAUUCUCGAUAAGCAUUGGAAAGUUGAGUGAACAACUAUAAAAGAAAAUAUAGGUCAAAUAAAACGAGUUUCCUUUAUAACAUAGAAAAAGCAUGCAUCAGUGCAUGUCUGGCAUCCUAUUAACUGGUUGUGUGGCGAUGGUAUAGUCAAAUUUUAGGCCGUCCUUUAACUUUAAAUGCACUACUUAACUGUUUCAUCCUGUGAGACAGAGCAGUAUUUAAUGUCCCUUAACUGCUAAAGGAGGUAAAUUGAUUAAUCAAAGAUAUGCCGUUUUCUUACUAAUAAAGGUACUCAAAUGGUGAA